AUGCUAACCACUGCACCACGCGGAUUCGUUAUUCGAUUUGAUUUUAUUGCGUCUUAUCACCCUUCGUCCUAUCAGGGAAUACCGAGGAAUUCCCUAGAUACAUAUUACUGGGCGGACAAACUACGCACCCAGCAGGAGCUUGAGCGACUUCAAGCCAAGUACAUCGGCACCGGUCACCCAGACACGACAUCGUGGGAAUGGAGAACCAACGUCGCGCGCGACACGUACUCGAGUCUCGUCGGUCACCCUUCGCAAUUAGCCUACAUCUCGCUCGCGCAAAACGAACCCGCCGCCAAAGUUCGAGCCCAGCUUCUACGAAAGAUGAUACAGCCAUGUGGUCCUCCUCCUCCUCGUGAAGGCGAAGAACCCAUACGCGGGCAUAAUUAAUAUGAAGAGUUACGGCGUAGUUGGUCGGGGCGCUGCAGUCUGCACUUGUAGCUGUUGAACAACGCCAAACGACCGAUGCGCCGUCUAGAUCAGACAGUUCAGGGCAAUGGAAGGAUCUUGAUCAGAUUCUGGUCGAGUAAUAAAGGAUAAAGACUACUACGUACAGGGCAUUAGAUUCCAAAUGCCUACAGUGGUCAUAUCAGAAAUAAUU